AGAGAGAGGGAGAGAGAGAGAGAGAGUGAGAGAGAGAGAGAGUCAGAGAGGAGGGGGUAUGUUUGAACACUCAUUUAGUUUCUCCUCAAACGCCGCUGACUGCAUUCUUCUCUUGACGGGUGGCGAGAGCAGAGCAUACGAGAGGAGAGAGAGCUAGAGCGAAAGAGAGACAUACAUCCAAAUUGGGAGAAAGAGCGAGAGAGAGAAAGAGAGAGAGCGAGUCCGAGGAGAAGCUGAAACUUCACUGCAGACGCUCCUGCUCAGAGCCCUCCAUGCCGGAGCCGGGAGCUGCUCCGCGGCGGAGCCCGCAGGGAGUCCCCUACACCGACCUGCAGCACAUCGUCAACGCCGACGGACUGCACCUGUUCUGCCGCUACUGGGAGCCCGCCAGCCCGCCAAGGGCUCUGGUGUUUAUUGCCCACGGAGCAGGAGAGCACUGUGGGCCGUACGAUGAGAUCGCACAGAGACUGAAGGAACUGUCCCUGCUGGUGUUUGCACACGACCACGUUGGUCAUGGUCAGAGUGAAGGCGACAGGAUGAUCAUCAAAGACUUCCAGGUUUUCAUCAGAGACUCCCUGCAGCACAUCGACCAGAUGAAGUCCCUCCACCCGGACCUCCCUGUCUUCAUCGUGGGUCACUCCAUGGGUGGCGCUAUCUCCAUCCUGACAGCCUGUGAGAGGCCCAAUGAUUUUGCUGGAGUGGCUCUGAUAGCGCCGAUGGUCCAGAUGAACCCAGACUCAGCCACACCCUUCAAGGUUUUUGUGGCAAAGGUCCUGAACCACUUGCUUCCCAGCCUCGAACUGGGCAACGUCGAGUCUAAAUGGAUCUCACGGGACAAGACGAAGGUGGAGGCGUACGAUGCCGAUGAGCUGAUCUACCACGGCAGGAUACGGGUGUCGUUCGGCAUGCAGCUGAUGGGCGCCGCGGCUCGCAUCGAGAAGGAGAUCCCGUCCAUCGGCUGGCCCUUCCUGCUCCUGCACGGUGACACUGACAAGCUCUGCCACAUCAGCGGCUCUAAGAUGAUGCACGACCAAGCUCCGAGCUCAGACAAGAAAAUCAAGGUUUAUGAGGGAGGCUUCCACGCCCUCCACCACGACCUGCCCGAGGUGGCCGAGUCCACGCUGAAGGAGGUGACCAGCUGGAUCAAAGAGCGCCUCCCCGCCUCGUAGACUGGUUGCUUGUCCAACCCAGUCGACGCUCCAACGCACCAGCCCACCUUGUCCCAAGAGAUAUGUUCACUUUCCGGUGGUCGUUCGGGCUCAACAGUACCACUACACUUUCUAUUCUGACAACAAUACAUUGGGGCAUAAAAACUCUUCUCCUCAGUGUGAUACAAUUGACUUGAAAUGACACAGCCCCUGUCAAACAGCCCACUCAUUUAAAGCAGGUGUUGGGGUCAGAAACCAUUUCUUUGUCAGUAAAUCCUAGAAUCAUCUGUUUAUUUCAUCCGCAUCCCUUUCCCAAGUGCAACUCAAGCUCAUUUAACUCGUUUGAGCUGUAGUUCAAAGUGCAAUAAUGAAGUCUCCAUCUACGUGCAGGACAGAUUUUUUUUUUUAUUUGCCAUGUGAUAUAUCAGUGAUCACUUCCUCCUGAGGUCAGAUGUCGGGAUCAGCUCGAGGACAACGGCCCUGGACUUACUGUGGGUUCAGUGCAGGUUUAUUAGUUCAUAUAAAGCUCCUCCUGCAGCUUCACAGUGUCAGUAGCUGAGAAAUAGACAAUAUUAGGGAAUUAGUUUUGCUGUCUCAGGUGAAUUUCAAUCUCUCAGUUUUCUCUCCUCCUCCACUGCCCUUUUGACACAUGCAUUUCUCAUAGAGUCGUGUGAAAACUUAUUGGGUAAACGCUGGUGUCUCCACAUUCAUUUAGUUAACUUCCCCCACCAACAUUUUUUUCCAGUUUUUUUCUCCUCUUUGUAAUUUUUCUUAAAACUAUGUCCACUAUUAUUUCUUGGCGAGUGAAGGGAAAGCAGACUGACAGGUGAAUCUGUUUUGUUGGCCUUGUCUCCACAUUACAGGGAGAGUGUACGAGUCGAGAGGUCAAACGCUCUCUCCUCACUGUGACCUUUGACCUUCGAUGUCAGUCACUCUUUGAAACCGUAACAUCGUUAAACUCCGGCUGCAGACCGGGGCACAGCUGGGAAACGAGAGGCACACAUUGAUCCGUUGAUGAGGACAAGGGUGGAUCUCCUUCACUCACAUAGCAUCUGCCAUUUCACCACUCCACUUUUGAGUUAUAUGGCUGAUUGAUUCCUUGCUUGGCCGAGCACAGUGGGGAUCCAGCCUCUGUUUCAGAACAAUGACAGCUUUUUCUUUUUAAAAAAAACAGGAUGUUCAACAGAGUAGCCUACAGAUGACGUGGGACUGAAAAUUCUUGGCUUCAAAGAGACCCUUGAGGACUGCACCUACACAUAACAUCAAUUUGUUAUGGAGUCCAUAUGUGUGAGAUAAUCAGGUUUUAAAUAACAGAUACAGGGCCACGGCUGCCGCUGAGGACACUGAUGUGUUUUUACACAUGACUCAUUUGAGUCAACAUAUCGGCUUAGUUUGAGGGAAAGUUGGACCUUUGACCUCAGUGUUUCUAAAAUUCUGCCUACAGCUCUGCACGUGUUUUGUGUUCGAUCGCAAGCAGCAGGAAAAGUUUCAAACCUCUAAACCUGACCUGACGUGAGGGGCUAGUUCAACCCAGGCUCCUCUCAGGUUUUCAACAAAACCACAGCAAUAAUAUCAUGGCAUCCUAGAUCUGUGCUAGCCGUUAAUUAUAAGCUACACAGACUCACACUUAGCUCAUCACUGUAUAUUGUCGGCAAGACUGUAAUUAGCAGGUAUUGCUGCAUGUGAUACCUCAGCCUACUCAUCAAGCAUGAGCACAUUUCAGCAGCAGGAGUUUUCAAAGUUCAUCCACUGCCGACAUCGAACAUAAGAAUUAAACAUUAUCAUCAAGUUAGUGUUUCUGUUGAUACAUGUCUUUACAUUGAGUGGUCGACUGUGUCACUCCAGUGUUGUUUUUUUUGUAUCACUCUGAGUUCAAAGGGCCUCAUGCAGGGAGUGUAAGGGAGGCACAGGGCAGUAUCCACGGUGACCGUUACCCACGCGUAACCACGGCAGCAAACCGUCAGCGGGGCAGAAUUUUUUAGUAACCACGGUGAUCACUGUAAGACCGAUUGAGUGACAUAAAUGCCCUUCUUUCUUUCUUUCGUUCUUUCUUUCCUUAUACUUCUCUCUCUCUGCCUCUAUCUCUCUAUAUCUCUAUAUAUAUCUCUAUCUCUCUAUCUUUCUAUCUCUCUCCUUGUCUUACCCUGUUUGACCUCCUCUGGUCACUUCUUCUCUUCAGUUGGUUGGAGCAGUUCUCUUUGUUCUGUCUAUCACAGAGCCCCUUGUCCUGCCACAGAUUCAAACGUUGUUUUACUGUCAGCGACCCACACUGCCCCUAGUGGUCAAAUAGCAGAAAAGCAGCAGGUCAUAUACAUUUUUUUCCCUUUAUUUAUUUCUUGCUGAAUUCUUAUAGUUCUUUUGGACAUGAGCUCUCAUUCAUUUAACAUAGGUCACAUCGCUUAAUCUGCCUUUGAUUCGGGUCAAGAAAGAAAUAAGCUGACAUUUCCUAGUCUUAAUGCAAGAGUGAGACCCAUAAUUCUGGGUCAAUUUAGUGAAAUCAUUGAAUUGCACUGGGAAAUUUGAGACUGAUAAGUAGGGAAAUUUAGCUAUGGCAAGUUUAAAAUGUACAAUUCCUAUCAAAAAUGCAAAAUAGGGUGCUUCAUGUGAUAGAUAAUGCAUCAAAUGAGAAAUAUAGAUCACGAGUUGUUAAAAUAAAUCAUAGACAAAUAAAAAACAAAUAGAAAGGAACAGAGGAGAUUUCAGGACACUCUCUUUUUUUCAGACCAGAUAUCAGGUCACAGUGCCACUGGUGCAGUGCAGAUAGAGAUGGGAUGAGUUCCUCGAUCCCAGUAGGAAUCACAGCCACUUCAAACACAAUCUGCUGCUGAUUGAGCUGCAGCAGGCAUGAGACACACACAAAGGAGACACAGUCCCAGUUGUAUUCAUAUUCCUAAUAGCCCCCCUGCUGCACUGCAUCAGUGCAGUGGAUAUACCCUGGCAGGUGCCUAUAGGAACAUAACCUGUCAGACUACAGAAGUGCAUAUUACUGCUGUGGUUAGAUAUGGAGGCGGAGAGAGUGAUGGAGAUGGAGUGAGAGAAGAGAGAUAGAAAGAUGGGAAGAGUGCUGUCAGUAACCAUGGUAGCAGCUUUUUUCUUAUUUUCUCUCCCAGUCAAAUUAACCUUUGAAAACCAUGUUUUUGUUAAUGGUGCACACGCUGCUGCUCUUUCAGGGCUGGUUGUCCUUUUGCUGCUCUAAGGAUUCCCUUUUAUGUGAGCAUGGAGAUAAGAGAGACAACAAUUAACAUCAUCAGCUCACAGUGAGCAAUAGGAGUGGCAGACACACACACAGACACACACACACGCUCCAUGAAUUCAAAUUAGACUGGUCUGCUGUUUGAGCUGAAAACACAUGAUCUCCAAUAGGGCUGGGCGAUGUGCCCAAAAAUUAUAUCACGAUACAACUUUGUCAAUAUCGAUAAUUAUCUGUAUUAAUGUUAACAAUAUGUGGUGGAUUUUACCAUAUUGCUCUUGCUAAUGUAUGUAUUGUGAUAAUUAUUGAUAUUAUUUCAUAGUCCAGCCCUUAUUUCAAUAGAAGCUAACAAAUCUUUGUUUUUGCUUUUUAGGCCCGAAUCUUUCAUUAUCUUGUGCCCAAGUGGUGGAGGAGGUCUAUGAGUGAAAUUCAGUAUCCCCUCCCUCUCUCUGUUUUUUCACAAUAUUCCAUUCCUGCUCACCUUUAUUUAUGGGAUGCACCGAUCCUCACGUGUUGUAAAGCCAUGUAAACCUCCCAUGUCCAUGCCAAUAUCCUCUUCUCCCGGCAUGUAUGUCUACAUAAGCCUGAUAAGUAUGCAGGUUUGCUACGCUGACAGGUAGCCAUGUACAGACACAGUCUUCUUUUAGUAUAUAUUCAUCUUUUUUUUUAUCCAGGACAGAGCUUCUAUAUUUAGUAAAAGAGAUAAUGACGAGGACAGGAAACCAUAUAAUCGAAUUGGUCUUUUCUAAUCGAGUGAAACGUAUUUGUCCUGUCAGUUAGGUUGUUAUUUUGAAUCUUGACUUUAUGACUGUUUCUAAAUGAAUAGCUGUAAUAUAUGUUGAAGGACUAAGGGCCACAGGCCAGAGAUUAAGUUGCACUGGGAAGGUUCAUUGCAGAAUUUGCAUGAAUGAAGUCAGUGCUCAUGUGUGCAGCAAGAAUUGGAGACGUUUUUUUUCCGAAAUGCUAAAAACAAUGAAAAAGUAAAUCGCCUGAGGACCUAAUCAAGUAACCCCUACUUGAUAUCUGUAAAAUACAGGCGACCCAUGCUGUUAACGUGUAUUCAUUUCAUAGACUGAAAACUUGCUUUGAUAAUGCAUUUUGGAAUAAGACCCAAUUCAAUUCAUGCUGUUAUUUUUCAAUCAACAUUGUAAACAAAAGAGAUUUAUUUGUAGUGACUGAACUGCUUGUAUAAUAAAACAUACUUGUAAUACACUGUAUAGGAGCAUAACAUUGCUAACACUUGAUACACAAAUCUUGUAUUUAUCUUGUUUAGCGUAUUUAAAUGUAUUAAUUUGAAGUAUAUAGGUUACUAAGUCACUUUUUUAUACUGUGAAGCAGAUACAUGUAAUUUUUUUCUGUUGUUGCACAGCCACAUGAAGAUUCAUAACACUCUCUGAGGUCGAGGCAGGUCCAGGAUUGUACUGUAUGGGCAUGUAAGAUUGAAAAAAUGAAUAACAGUUUUUCUGACUGGUUCUUGUUGAGUAUUUUACCACUGUGUGUUUUAAGUUGCCGUCGUGUUGAAAACCCACGUGUCUCGUCGCAGUUUGUCAGAAAACGAUGAAUGUUAAAAUUCUUGUUCCUCUGUCCACAAUUUGCCUUCACUAUAAUCUCUUCUUAAAAAUGUUUUAUUGUUAAAACUGUCUCAUAACAAAGUCAGUUUGGUCAGAAUAAAGAAUGUUUGAAGACUAAAUUGCAGAUACCAGGUUUUCAGCCAAGAGCAUCUAGUUUAUUAGGGAAAAAAACUCAGAUUUAUUUCCUUAAAGGUUCCACAUUUUAUGGGAACAUGUAUUGUGUGUUGAUCUAUUUUUGGAUUGUGGUCCAGUGUCUUUUGUGCCUUAUUACGAUGACGAAUGUGUAUCUAAGCAUCUGGUUCUCUGACUGUUGUUGUAUCUGUCUCUGUUUAUGGUUGAGCAAUUGCUUCCAUCUGCUUGUCUUUUUCAUGUCCGUCAUGUCUUCCCGUCGCUCUCUGUCCGUGUUUCUGUCCAAUCAGGAGUCUAAGCAGAUUUAGUUCAUAAGCUGUUUCUGAAUCUUUCAGGAAUUGACACAAAUCAAAACAGUUGUUAAUCUGCUUUGAUACGCCCACAGCAUCAAGAAACACAGAAGUUCACAUGAAAGAGGACACUCUGUCUCUGUUGUGGUGACUUUAAUGGCACGAUGACUAAAUAACAGGUGGAACGUGCCUGUUCUCCCUUAUUGAUUUCCAGCAGUGAACAACAGGAACCAGAUAUGGGGGUUUAUGAGUCCAUUGCUGUUACUGUUUUGUAUUGAAUGGUUGCAUUCCUUCUCCUUGUCCUUAUUUGUACAUGUUUGUGCUGGGAGGCUGUUUUAAAGGGGAAAGGAGGGGGUGGCAAUGCAUUUCAAAGUCCUUGAGUCAACCCAGAAGUGUUCAGACAUUAAAUAAAAUCAUCGAAUAAUAUUUUAAAACACAAAGUUGAGGCUAGUCUAGCCAAAACUAUGAAGUGACAUAGCAUUCAAAUAUUCACAGUUGGCCGAUCUGGAGACAGAGUUUAACAUGGUUUGUCAUCACCCGCACUGUGUAUUGAAUCUAUUCUUCCCUGUUCAUGAAUAAACAAAAACUUAUUCAUACUUAAUGGUAAAGAUGCAAUGUCACCUUCAAGGAUUUUCGUCUGUGGAGGAACAUUCAGCUAUGGGAUGUUAAACCUCGGAAAUAGAAGAGUGAACUAUCAGGAAUACAGCAAUGUUCCUCCCAGCAGGACAAACAGUAUAAAUGUGUUAGAGUAACAAGUGCUGAGGAAUAACAUGACAUCCAGCAUCAUUACUCAUGAGAAGGGAGUUGGUGUUUUCAGGCAGCAGAUCAUGGACCACAUGAAAAUCAUGUUACAUCACAUUCUGGAGUCUUCCUUAUAAAGUAAUGUGUUGUUUGAUUUAUUGCUGUUUUACGGGAUGACAUUUGAUUUGAAGGCGCUGAUACUCAACCUCAGCAGUUCAUGAUUAGUUGAAUAGCAGCGUUGGACAGUUUCAUUCAAGUGGAAAAAAACAUUGUAUAUAAGAUGUAUAUAGUCAAAUGUAAUAAUGGACAUAUUCUCAAUCACUGACAGACAAACUGCUUGUUUCUAUAAUGUUCAUACUCUGACAGAAUAAACGAUAUGACUGUUUAA